CUGGCUGUGUUUCAAGUUCCCGAUAAAGAUCAAAGGUACACACACACACCGGCAGAAGAAGCUUCCGUAUGACAACAACGCUAACGCUAGCUCAAAGAUGCUCUGGCUUGCUGCUGCAGUAACAUUAAUGAAGUCCCCCAACCAUGAAAACCGCCAUCCAACACACACUCGUUAUUUCGUUGGCUUCAAGUGAGGCUUAACGUUCACACAGUUUCUCUUGACUGUCCCUCAGUAUUACAUUAUAUUAGUCCAACAUCGCCCUGGUUACCACCUGUAGCCUAUAACGUUAGCUAUUACUAUUCAUCUAUUCAGCUCUUCAUCUGCCCUCUCGGCCCUGCUGGUCUUGGUUGUCUUUUCCAGUUUAUCUUCGGGAUCCUGAAGGGUCUCCAGCACACCAUCUGUUCAAGUUUGGAGUAAAACGUUCAUGCAUAGUAACGCACACCCUGGGGGUUGGCGUCAGCGACAUCAUCCAUCAAAAACUGCCCACGCUGAAAUUCAUUGCAGCAGAAUGAGUCAGUUUCUGUUGGCCUCGGUGGGGCAGUUUGAGCGAAGGCAGCACCAGUCGAGGGUCGACAGCCAUGUCCCCUUGCACGGCUGCCUCGGCCUCUCUCUGGAAUAUCCCAGUUUGACUGUUGGAAACGUAGCUGCUUUGCAAUACGAACAAAGACAACAAGGAGUCUGUCUUUGAGUGGCAUCUCGAGCAUGCCCCCUGGCUACCCAGAGGCGGAAGCUAGAGUAUGUUGUAUAUAGAGUAUGGUGUAUCAGGUGUAUUCAGGUAUAUCAGGUGUGUCUAGAUGUUUACUGGUGCAUUUAGGUGUCUUGGGUGUGUUCAGGUGAGUUCAAGUGUGUUAAUGUCUCUCCAGUGAAUUCAAGUAUCUCCAUUUUCUCAAUUUAUCGUUGUUUAAAUCAUCUGUCUAUAAAAUGUAGGAAAAUAAUAUAAUCUGAACCCAGUGUUGUGGUCCUGGUUGGUCCUGGUUUGGGAUCAGUCCUCUUUGGCCCUGUUUGUUCCUGGAUCUGGUCCUAGUUCUGGUCCUGGUCUGGUGUAUCUGACCCCAUCUUACUAGCAGUAAAAGCCUCUCAGGACAUAAAUAAACACCAACACACUGUUCCGUCCUGGUCCUGGUCUGUUGUGUGGUGUUCUGACCCCGCUGUCUUACUGGGAGUAAACAUCUCUGAGCACAUAAAUAAACACACCGGGAGCUGUGGGACAAAGAUAGACCCGUCUGUCUGGGCAGACGCCUUUUCUGACACCUGACACCUGAUGCAGGCCUGUCCUCUCCACAGCCCGCCCUGGCCCGGGGGGAGGUGUCGGGUGCAGUGAACGAAGCGUUCACAUCUGCACAUGUUGUUGAGGCUAUAAAGGAGGGAGCGCUUGGUUCGAGGCUGAGCAGACACACAAAAAUCAAAACGCUCCUGUGGCUCUGGGUGCGCUUGGUUAAUAUCUCAUCACCUCCAGAGUUCACGCAGAGAGGUUGGUUAAUGAUUGAGGGUCGGCUGGUGACUUAUUGACUGAAGAAGCUUUUUAACUCAAGUUUCAGAGACAGACUCAGCUGGACUCAGCUGGACUCUGCUGGGGUUGAUUCAAAGCCAGUGGACAGAAAGAAAAGAAGAUGCUGUUCUAUCAGUUCUUACACUUUAGUCGUCUCUACUCUCGUCUGUUUUUAUUCUGUUUUCCUCACUUUUACUGAAUCCUGUUGAACUCCAAUUUAAUUUAUUCAUCCUAAAAUUUCUACUCAACUUUUCCCAUUUCUUCUUCUUCUUCUUCUUGGCUGUCCUGCUCAGCUCCACCCGGCCGGUCAUCUCCCAUCAGCGGAGGAGGAGUGACCCCAGACUCUACCUGGAUACCUGACAUGGAGGAGUCAGCCUGCAGAGGCAGACAGCUUUAAGUCAGAUCCACCUCCACACUUUAAAUUGACUGUUUUUUGAACCAACGUCUGACAAGCCUUCAGAGUUUGCCUCCAGAGAAUCGGAGGUGAAGCAGCAGACGAGGACGGAUUGAACGCUCAGCGAGACAAACUCAUUAACUGGUUUCAUUUCUGGGACCAGACCCCCUCAGGACCACAUCAGUCGGCAGCUGCAGCAAUGGCUGAUGGGAAGCAUCAGGGCAGCGUGGCGCCGCCUGUGGACGGAGGAUGGGGCUGGGUGAUCGUCGGCUGCUGCUUCAUGGUGACGGUCUGCACACGAGCAGUGACCAGGUGCGUCUCCAUCUUCUUCGUGGAGUUUCAGGCUCAUUUUGGAGCCGACUACUCUUCUACAGCCUGGAUCCACAGCCUGGUGGACUGCACCACCAUGCUCUGUGCUCCUGUUGGCAGCCUGGUUGGUAACCGUUGGUCCUGCCGGGUGGCUGUGAUGCUCGGUGGGCUCCUCUCCUCCUGUGGGCUCCUCCUCAGCUCCUUCGCCACCAGUCUGGAGCUCCUCUACCUCAGCAUGGGAGUCCUGACAGGUCUGGGCUUCGCUCUCUGUUACACCCCGGCCAUCGCCAUGGUUGGCUGUUACUUCCACCGGCGGAAGGCGCUGGCGUAUGGCAUCGCCAUGUCGGGCAGCGGGAUCGGCACCUUCGUGUUGGCGCCGGCGGUGCAGGUGCUCAUCGAGCUGUACUCGUGGAGGGGGGCGCUGCUCAUCCUCAGCGCCUUCGUCGCCAACCUGUGUGUUUGCGGGGCGCUGCUCCGACCAAUCGCACUGCGGGAGGACGAGGAGGAGGUGGAGGGAGAGCAGGGGGAGUCAGUGGGGGAGGCGAGACUUGGUAACGUCUCGUCACAGGACGCCGAGCUCGCAGUAAAACUGUCCCAAGAAUCAGAGGACAGCCUUUUGCCAUCAGGCAAGUCAUCGUCGCCUUCAUCUUUGUCGCCGCUGCCUCUGCUGUCUGGAAACCCCGCCCCUCAGCUAAAGAGGCGACGGUACUUCAGCUCCUGCUUCCUGUCCAGUAAGGAGUACCGGUUCCUGCUGCUGCCGGACUUCCUGGGCCUGGCCGUGUCCUUCCUGUUCCUGGCCAGCGGCUGCAGCCUCCCCUUCGUCUACCUGGUGCCCUACGCUCUGAGCGUCGCAGUCAGCCACCAGCAGGCCGCCUUCCUCAUGUCCAUCCUGGGAGUCAUCGACAUCGUGGGGAACAUCACCUUCGGCUGGCUGACGGACCGGAGGUGUUUGAAGCCGUACCGUCUGGCUUGUUACGUGUUCUCGGUGGGGAUGGAGGGUCUCUGCUGCCUCUUCACUCCGUUGCUUUGUUCCUUCUCGCUCCUCGUGCCCUUCGCCGUCCUCUACGGAUACUUCGACGGCGCCUACGUGGCGCUAAUCCCCGUGGUGACGUCAGACCUGGUGGGAGCUCCGUACCUGUCCUCAGCGCUGGGCGUGGUCUUCUUCCUCCACGCCAUCCCCUACCUCAUCAGCCCACCAAUCGGAGGCUGGCUGGUUGAUGUCACAGGAAGUUACACGGCCACCUUCUUCCUCAGUGGCGCCGCCAUGCUGGCCAGUUCGCUCGUCCUCUCCACCAUCACCGGGAUACGCCUGCUGCCGCCGCCGCGCCAGCUGACUGCCAUCACCAAGGACACCAAGCACGAGCCCCUCCCCCUCAGCCUGUCCGACCAAUCAGACUGCUUCAUCGCCUUCAACAAGGAGGCGGUCAGCCAGGCCGUUGCCUCGUAGCCUCAGAGGUAACGACCAAUCACGUUUAUCGACACCAGAGACAACUGGAGUCAGUGACGAGGGCUGCGAUUGGCCGAAUCAGGCGUCAAUCAAUCACGUCAGAGGAAGUGGAUUUAUUUAGACUCUGCUGAAGGCCAGUUGAAUGUUUUUAUUUCGCAGUGACGGGAGAGAAACUUCCUGUAUGGAAAAAGUGCCUCUUAUUAUUUGUUUUAAAGCUACAAGCUCGUCCUCAGCUCGGUCACAUGACCGUGACGGACACCUGGACAAUCGUACGGGUUUAACAUGGUUACAAAGUGGAUGAGGCAGAGACGCUAACGCUAGCACACAAGCUAACAGGCAGCUACUCGUGUUCUCAAACAGGAACAAAAACAUGAAAUAAUGAAAAUAAAACACAAAUAUUAACUUAAAAAUGUUCAAGUCACCAGUGAGUCUGAGAAACACUAAGUGACAGUUUUUGUUUUGAGUCGCUCACUGGUCGAGCUGCAGUGUGACUGAAUGGACUUCAGCUGUGUAAUAAAGUGACUGUAAAUAUAAUUUAAUAACUCAGUGGAUUUAACUUGAAGUUGCUCUUUAAAGUGUCUUUAUUCAGGGAAUCAACAGACAGGACUGUUCUUUAAACUUUAAUAUUUCUUUGAUGCCAACCAAAACGUGUCCAUAUCAAUAAAUAUCAGAAACUGUCAAGUGCUAAAAUACAGCUGAAAUGAUCGAUCAACAGAAAAUUAAUCAGCAACCAUUUUCAUAAUCAAUUAUUCGUUAAAGAAAAUGUGCCAAAAGUUCACCUGUUCCAGCUGUUUAAAUGUGAAUUUUUCCUGUUUUAUCUCAGUAAACUGAAUCUCUUUGAAGACGUCCUCUUGGACUCUGAGAGACUGUGAUAUUAUAUUAUAUUGAUAUUUUACAGACCAAAUGGAGGAUUGAUUAUUUAAGAAAAUAAUCGUCAGUUGCAGCCCUACAGAAGACAAACGUUGCAGAUAAAAUGUGAGACGCACAGGUGCAUUAAUAAUUAGCCCUUCGCUGCUAAAGUGUGUCCCGUUUGAUCAGUGCCUUCAGUAAUGUUUUGCCUCUUUAAAACAAAUUAUUAAUUUGAGAGAUUUAUCCAAACUUUUAUCCUCUAAUAACGACAGGGCUCCGCACUGUGGAAGAUUUAAAAUGCCUAAAUAAAAACAAGUCAAUGAAAUACAA